AGUUCUUCGAGUGUUAAGCCAGGUACACCAGGUAAGCCUGUUACCACCUCCACGCGCACCUGAGAUCCGAGCUUCUAACAAUGACUCAAGUAUGCUCGGCGGAAGAAGAAGUGAAAACGUACGCUUACCAGCUUAGUGAACGGGAGUGAACAGUUACGAACAGUCGCGAAGUGGGCGGGUUUCUUUUGUUUUCCGCUGUUUUUCGCGGAUUUAUCCGGAUUUGAUUUUGGCUUUUUCACCAAAACAUAAAAAUGAAGCAAAUUUUAGUUCUUGUAAUCGUUGCGGCUGUGACAAUUGAAUUCUCUACAGCUGUCAAAGUCAAAAGCAAGGAUAUGAUGCGCAAAAGUAUCGUUUUCGAUAAAAACACCCCUGACGUUUUCUACUGCCCAAUGACCAAGCCAACGGGCAUUGAUAAACUUAUUGUUAAGGCCCGACCAUUGAAUAAACUCUGCGAACACGAAGGGCGCCCCUUACCGGAAGACUACAAAAGUGACUGCUAUCAGGACAUCGACGAAAGCGACUUUGCCUGCAAGGAGAAAUACAGGAUAAUGAUGAGGAAAUAUCCGCCAGGUUCGGAGGAACCUUUUGAUGGCAGUCGUCUGAAGCGUUUCUUGAACGUUGAUCAGGAGUAUUUGGAGAAGAGAUCGCCAGCACCAUUUACCAAACUGCGCCCUCGUCUUAAGACCAAGAGUCGUCUGCGUGAUCGGCUUAUUUUGUUAUAAAUUUAUUUAUUAGCAAAAAGGAAAUACGCAUCGAAUAUUUAAAAAAAUUAAUAUCUAAAGUAGGCAAAUAAAUAAAAAUAAGACUUAAGGCUUACUGAACUAAAAUUUAAUAUUAUUUAACUAAGCCUUGUUUUAUUUUUUGUGCAAAAAUAACAUUUGCUUACUUUUGUUAUCAUUAUGAUGACUUAUUUGGCAAAAAAAGAAAAUUAUUUGUAACAUUGGAUAUUGACCCAAAAAAUGUACACUAACCGUUCCUAUUAAACAAAAUUGAAAAAUGAGGUUAGUAAUCUUUUGUAUGUAUUACUAAAAUUAAUAAAAACUACAUCCUUUUUAA